AUGAUAACACUGACAUUUUGCCAUGGCAGAGAUGAGGCCGAGACCGAGAAACGCGUGGACAGCAGUCUCCAUGACCCAGAGAGCAUGGAGCUGUGUGUCUUCAUGUUCAACGACCCCAGCUCUGCUAUGAUGGGCUCCUGGGACUACACCUCCUGCUCUGACCAGCAGUAUGUGGCCAUCUGCCAGCACUACGCAGAUAAGCCAGAGGAGCCCCUGUUCCAGUUGGAGCAGUUCCAAGCCAACAACCACACCUUUCAGCUGGUUCAGAAGAACAUGACGUGGUUCGAGGCUCUGGAAGAGUGCAGGAACCAGAACAUGGACCUGGCCAGCGUAGCCGACACCCUACAGCAGUCGGUCCUCACCGUGCACGUCACCCGCGCAGGCAGCCCCAUGUGGAUCGGGCUCUUCAGCGAAGACGAUGGUGUCCACUACCGCUGGACAGACCACAGUCACACAGUGUUUAGUCGCUGGUCCUCAGAGCCCACCGUUGGACGCUGUGUCUUCCUGGACACGGAAGGCUUCUGGAAGGCUACAGAGUGUGAGGAACAGUUGGCAGGGGCUAUCUGCCAUGUUCCACACGAAGAGACUAUUACCACGCCUGAGGACAUCGCUGUGAAAUGUCCUCACAAGAGCAGCGGGCCAAACUGGAUCCCCUUCAAGAACAACUGCUACACCUUCCAACUGGUAUCGUCCAGAUGGGAUGAGUUUGACAAGGGCCAGAUACAUCAGACAUGCAAGAAACUGGCUGCUGAUGCAGACAUCCUGACCAUCAGGGACUUAGUGGAGAAUGAGUUUGUGAAGGAGCAGCUCCUUCCCUUCAAAGACCUGGUGCAGUUUGUCUGGCUAGGGGUGUUCAACGAUGACAACGAUAACCAGAUGAAGUGGUAUGAUGGCACCAACGUCCAGUACUCUAACUGGGGAGAUGGAAGACCAAGCAUCUCAGCCAGCGAUGAGUUCUUGGCUGGUCUCAACACUGAGGGAGUCUGGGAGAUAUUCACCAACAAACGCCACUUCAGUCCCUUCAAGCAGAGAAGCAUUGUGGCCUGCAAACUGGAUAAUGACUCUAAGGUCGAAUACAAUCAGUCGGCCAGGGACUUUGAGCGCUAUGGCAACCUGAGCUACCACCUGAUAACCAGGAAGUUGAGCUGGUUCCAGGCCCUGGAGGAGUGUGGCCGCGGCAACGGACACCUGGCCAGCGUGCAUGACACCGGGCACAAUGCUCACAUGGAGCUCAUCGCCAAGCGAGAUGGCUUCCCGCUGUGGAUCGGUCUGUCCAGUCAGGAUGCUAGUGGCUCUCAGUCCUAUGAGUGGUCCGAUGGGACUAAGUAUAACUACAGUCCGGUGGGACUCUCUGACACUGUGGGCAGGUCCAGCUCAGACCCUCAGGCUGUCUGUGUGUACAUCACUCCCCAUGGCACCUGGAUGAGCAAGGACUGCCAUGCCAAGAUGGACGGAGCCAUCUGCUACAACACCACCAUCACCACCCCCACUCAGAGUAAGACCCAGUCCUAGUACCUAGCCUAUUAGUAUUACAUCACCACCAUCACCACCAUCACCACUCAGAGUAAGACCCAGUCCUAGUACCUAGCCUAUUAGUAUGACAUCAUCACCAUCACCACCCCCACUCAGAGUAAGACCCAGUCCUAGUACGUAGCCUAUUAGUAUUACAUCAUCACCAUCACCACCCCCACUCAGAGUAAGACCCAGUCCUAGUACCUAGCCUAUUAGUAUUACAUCACCACCAUCACCACUCAGAGUAAGACCCAGUCCUAGUACCUAGCCUAUUAGUAUUACAUCAUCACCAUCACCACCCCCACUCAGAGUAAGACCCAGUCCUAGUACCUAGCCUAUUAGUAUUACAUCACCACCAUCACCACUCAGAGUAAGACCCAGUCCUAGUACCUAGCCUAUUAGUAUUACAUCAUCACCAUCACCACCCUACUCAGAGUAAGACCCAGUCCUAGUACCUAGCCUAUUAGUAUUACAUCACCACCAUCACCACUCAGAGUAAGACCCAGUCCUAGUACCUAGCCUAUUAGUAUUACAUCACCACCAUCACCACCCCCACUCAGAGUAAGACCCAGUCCUAGUACCUAGCCUAUUAGUAUUACAUCAUCACCACCCCCACUCAGAGUAAGACCCAGUCCUAGUACCUAGCCUAUUAGUAUUACAUCACCACCAUCACCACCCCGCUCAGAGUAAGACCCAGUCCUAGUACCUAGCCUAUUAGUAUUACAUCACCACCAUCACCACCCCGCUCAGAGUAAGACCCAGUCCUAGUACCUAGCCUAUUAGUAUUACAUCACCACCACCCCCACUCAGAGUAAGACCCAGUCCUAGUACCUAGCCUAUUAGUAUUACAUCACCACCAUCACCACUCAGAGUAAGACCCAGUCCUAGUACCUAGCCUAUUAGUAUUACAUCACCACCAUCACCACUCAGAGUAAGACCCAGUCCUAGUACCUAGCCUAUUAGUAUUACAUCACCACCAUCCACACCCCACUCAGAGUAAGACCCAGUCCUAGUACCUAGCCUAUUAGUAUUACAUCAUCACCACCCCCACUCAGAGUAAGACCCAGUCCUAGUACCUAGCCUAUUAGUAUUACAUCAUCACCAUCACCACCCCACUCAGAGUAAGACCCAGUCCUAGUACCUAGCCUAUUAGUAUUACAUCACCACCAUCACCACUCAGAGUAAGACCCAGUCCUAGUACCUAGCCUAUUAGUAUUACAUCAUCACCAUCACCACCCCACUCAGAGUAAGACCCAGUCCUAGUACCUAGCCUAUUAGUAUUACAUCAUCACCACCCCCACUCAGAGUAAGACCCAGUCCUAGUACCUAGCCUAUUAGUAUUACAUCAUCACCACCCCCACUCAGAGUAAGACCCAGUCCUAAUACCUAGCCUAUUAGUAUUACAUCACCACCAUCACCACUCAGAGUAAGACCCAGUCCUAGUACCUAGCCUAUUAGUAUUACAUCACCACCAUCACCACUCAGAGUAAGACCCAGUCCUAGUACCUAGCCUAUUAGUAUUACAUCACCACCAUCACCACCCCGCUCAGAGUAAGACCCAGUCCUAGUACCUAGCCUAUUAGUAUUACAUCACCACCACCCCCACUCAGAGUAAGACCCAGUCCUAGUACCUAGCCUAUUAGUAUUACAUCACCACCAUCACCACUCAGAGUAAGACCCAGUCCUAGUACCUAGCCUAUUAGUAUUACAUCACCACCAUCACCACCCCGCUCAGAGUAAGACCCAGUCCUAGUACCUAGCCUAUUAGUAUUACAUCACCACCACCCCCACUCAGAGUAAGACCCAGUCCUAGUACCUAGCCUAUUAGUAUUACAUCACCACUCAGAGUAAGACCCAGUCCUAGUACCUAGCCUAUUAGUAUUACAUCAUCACCACCCCCACUCAGAGUAAGACCCAGUCCUAGUACCUAGCCUAUUAGUAUUACAUCACCACCAUCACCACCCCACUCAGAGUAAGACCCAGUCCUAGUACCUAGCCUAUUAGUAUUACAUCAUCACCACCCCCACUCAGAGUAAGACCCAGUCCUAGUACCUAGCCUAUUAGUAUUACAUCACCACCAUCACCACUCAGAGUAAGACCCAGUCCUAGUACCUAGCCUAUUAGUAUUACAUCACCACUCAGAGUAAAACCCAGUCCUAGUACCUAGCCUAUUAGUAUUACAUCACCACCACCCCCACUCAGAGUAAGACCCAGUCCUAGUACCUAGCCUAUUAGUAUUACAUCACCACCAUCACCACUCAGAGUAAAACCCAGUCCUAGUACCUAGCCUAUUAGUAUUACAUCAUCACCACCCC